UCCAGAAAGACACCCCCAACCCCCAACCCCUGCUUUUGAAGAUGAGCCCUUUAAGGUGUGUGCCAGUGUACGCCUUUUCCCAAGCGAUUUGGAUGAUGCUGCGACAGGAGAAAUGUUUGCAUUACAAAGACGCAAUUUUAAAAAUGCAGAGCAGGUAGUUAAUAACUAAGAGCCUGGGGGAUGGAAAGGAGGAGAGAGGCAGGAGCAUCCUCAGCCAGCUGGGGGCUGACCUGAUUCCCUAGAAUCCCCCGUUCUCUUCCUCUUUCCUCCCAACAUCCUUUCUUUCCUUUUUCUCGCACCCCCCCCCCCGCCCCAACCCCCUUUCCUUUCCCCAGAUAAGCAGCUCCGGGAAACAAAGAGCCGGGCUCUCCAGACCUCAGCGCUGGAACCUAGGGCUCUCUGAGAAGCAUCUCAUUUCGGGGACCAGGGCUCUCGAGCUCCGUGUCCCCUCCCCACCCUCCCCCCCCCUCCCCCGCCUCCCUUGCUUGCUCGCUGCUCCCUCCCUGCUGGCUGCCUCCCCCACCAUCGCAGCGCUGGGAGGAAGGCGGCCAGGGCUCAAGAUGGCUUUAGCCGGGCUAUGCGCCCUGUUCGCCUGCUGCUGGGGGCCGGCUGCCGUGCUGGCCACAGCGGCCGGCGACGUGGAUCCAUCCAAGGAGCUGGAGUGCAAGCUCAAGAGCAUCACCGUGUCGGCACUGCCCUUCCUGCGCGAGAACGACCUGAGCAUCAUGCACAGUCCCUCGGCCUCCGAACCCAAGCUUCUCUUCUCUGUGCGCAAUGACUUCCCCGGAGAAAUGGUCGUAGUGGACGACCUAGAGAACACGGAGCUACCCUACUUCGUGCUGGAGAUCUCAGGGAAUACAGAAGACAUCCCCCUGGUGCGCUGGAGGCAGCAAUGGCUGGAGAAUGGCACUUUGCUUUUUCACAUCCACCACCAAGAUGGUGCUCCAAGUCUCCCUGGACAAGACCCAACUGAAGAACCCCAGCAUGAAUCAGCAGAGGAGGAACUGAGGAUCCUCCACAUUUCAGUCAUGGGUGGCAUGAUAGCUCUGUUGCUAUCCAUCUUGUGCCUGGUGAUGAUCCUGUAUACUCGCAGGCGCUGGUGCAAACGUCGCCGGGUUCCCCAGCCCCAGAAGAGUGCCAGUGCAGAGGCAGCCAAUGAGAUCCACUAUAUCCCAUCUGUGCUAAUUGGAGGCCACGGGCGGGAAAGCUUGCGCAAUGCCCGUGUGCAGGGCCACAACUCCAGUGGCACUCUGAGCAUCCGGGAGACACCCAUCCUGGAUGGCUAUGAGUAUGACAUCACAGACCUGCGUCACCACCUGCAGAGGGAGUGCAUGAAUGGAGGGGAGGACUUUGCCAGUCAGGUCACACGCACUUUGGACUCCCUACAGGGCUGCAAUGAGAAGUCUGGGAUGGACCUCACACCAGGAAGUGACAAUGCCAAGCUUUCCCUGAUGAACAAGUAUAAAGAUAAUAUCAUAGCCACAAGCCCCGUGGAUUCCAACCACCAGCAAGCCACUCUGCUCUCCCACACCUCCAGCAGCCAGAGAAAGAGGAUCAACAAUAAGGCAAGAGCUGGUUCUGCCUUCUUGAACCCUGAAGGGGACUCCAGCACGGAGGCAGAAAAUGACCCACAGCUGACCUUUUACACCGACCCCUCUCGGAGCCGGAGGCGCAGUCGAGUGGGCUCUCCCCGAAGUCCUGUGAAUAAGACCACCUUGACGCUGAUCAGUGUCACCAGUUGUGUGAUUGGCCUUGUGUGCUCUUCUCAUGUCAGCUGCCCUCUGGUUGUCAAAAUCACCCUACACGUCCCCGAGCACUUGAUUGCUGAUGGGAGCCGCUUCAUCCUGCUGGAGGGGAGCCAGCUGGAUGCCAGUGACUGGCUGAACCCUGCCCAAGUGGUUCUCUUCUCUCAGCAGAACUCCAGUGGGCCCUGGGCCAUGGACCUCUGUGCCCGGCGGCUCCUGGACCCUUGUGAACACCAAUGUGACCCCGAAACUGGGGAAUGUCUGUGCUAUGAAGGCUACAUGAAGGAUCCUGUCCACAAGCACCUUUGCAUUCGGAAUGAAUGGGGGACCAACCAGGGGCCUUGGCCUUACACAAUAUUUCAGCGAGGCUUUGAUCUGGUUUUGGGAGAGCAACCCUCUGAUAAAAUAUUCAGAUUCACCUAUACCCUUGGGGAAGGCAUGUGGCUGCCCCUCAGUAAGAGUUUUGUGAUUCCACCAGCUGAACUAGCCAUCAACCCAUCAGCAAAGUGUAAGACGGACAUGACGGUGAUGGAAGACGCUGUGGAGGUCAGAGAGGAGCUGAUGACGUCAUCAUCCUUUGACAGCCUGGAGGUCCUCUUAGACUCCUUUGGGCCAGUGCGUGAUUGCAGCAAAGAUAAUGGAGGCUGCAGUAAGAAUUUUCGCUGCAUUUCCGAUCGCAAGUUGGACUCUACUGGUUGUGUGUGCCCUUCAGGACUCAGCCCUAUGAAGGACAGCUCAGGCUGCUAUGACCGCCAUAUCGGAGUGGACUGCUCAGAUGGCUUCAACGGCGGCUGCGAACAGCUGUGUCUCCAGCAGAUGGCGCCGUUCCCGGACGACCCCACCUUGUACAACAUCCUCAUGUUCUGCGGGUGUAUUGAAGACUACAAACUUGGUGUGGAUGGGCGCUCUUGCCAACUUGUCACAGAGACCUGCCCAGAGGGAGGUGAUUGCGGGGAAAGCAGAGAGGUUCCCAUGAAUCAGACUCUCUUUGGAGAAAUGUUCUUCGGUUACAACAACCAGUCCAAGGAAGUAGCCAGUGGACAGGUGCUAAAAGGAACAUUCAGACAAAACAACUUUGCUCGUGGUUUAGACCAGCAACUGCCAGAUGGUCUUGUGGUUGCCUCUGUCCCACUGGAGAAUCAGUGCCUAGAGGAAAUCUCGGAGCCCACUCCUGACCCUGACUUCUUGACCGGGAUGGUGAACUUCAGUGAAGUGUCUGGAUACCCGGUGCUGCAGCACUGGAAGGUUCGGUCUGUGAUGUACCACAUCAAACUCAACCAAGCGGCCAUCUCUCAGGCCUUCAGCAACGCUCUUCACUCCUUGGAUGGGGCUACAUCUCGUGCAGAUUUUGUGGCCUUAUUGGAUCAGUUUGGUAACCAUUACAUCCAGGAAGCUGUCUACGGCUUUGAGGAAUCCUGUUCUAUAUGGUACCCAAACAAACAAGUCCAGAGGAGACUCUGGCUGGAAUAUGAAGACAUCAGUAAAGGCAACUCCCCAUCUGAUGAGUCGGAGGAACGGGAAAGGGAUCCCAAGGUGCUGACAUUCCCAGAAUACAUCGCUAGCCUGUCAGACUCUGGCACCAAGCGUAUGGCAGCUGGAGUCCGGAUGGAGUGCCAGAGCAAGGGACGGUGUCCCUCAUCCUGUCCUUUGUGUCAUGUGACAUCCAGCCCUGAAACUCCUCCUGAGCCGGUUCUGCUGGAAGUGACCAGAGCAUCCCCCAUCUAUGAACUUGUGACCAAUAACCAGACCCAGAGGCUCUUACAGGAGGCCACCAUGAGCUCUCUCUGGUGUUCAGGGACUGGAGAUGUCAUUGAGGACUGGUGUCGAUGUGACUCUACUGCUUUUGGAGCGGAUGGACUCCCUACCUGUGCGCCCCUCCCACAGCCUGUGCUGAGACUUUCCACAGUACACGAACCCAGCAGCACCCUCGUGGUCCUGGAGUGGGAACAUUCAGAGCCACCAAUUGGAGUGCAGAUCGUAGAUUACCUGAUCCGGCAAGAGAAAGUCACUGACCGGAUGGACCACUCCAAAGUAGAGACGGGUGAGCAUAUUCCAAAAGUAGAAAAAGAAAAGAAUACCUUGCCUUGUGGCCUUGCUUCAAGUCCCCAGUAUUACAGGGCAGCACAGAGAAGCAUGGAAUAGUAGCAACUAUUGUCUCUUACAGGCAGCAGCCAUCUUGUCCAUUUAAGAGUUUUUGCAUGGUGAGUGUCUGACAAAAAUCUUGUUUUGAUUUUUGCUUUUCUUUUAUUUAUAAAAGAGGUGUCCAUUUCAUUGCCUCUAGGCACACUUACAAGCAACAACAACAUAGUACACUAGUUAUCCUAGCCCACAAUUAAGAAACAAUUCUCUGCUAACCACUGCCAUGAUUACAGAAAAAACAAAAAUUCCUUUGCUAAUAACCCCCUCUAGGCAAAGGCAUGUGCAAACAGAUGCUCUUGAUCCACGUCUUGUCCUAAAGCAAACUGACUUUUGUCAAGUCCUGAGAGAAAAGGGAAGCCUUAGAAAUAACCCACAGAAAUAAAAGUCCCAUGCCUUACUACCACCACGUAGAGAAAAGCUAUCAUCAAUAAUCCUAAGUCUUUCACAUAAAAAAUGAUCCUCUUUGGGGAUGAGGAUGCCCAUAACCUAAGAGCUCCGCUUGAACCUGGUAAUGAGGUCUGAAGAAACAUAUUUGGAGCAUGGAGAGCUCUCCACUGCUGUUUCUGAGGUACUUUCCUGGGUGUGCACAGGUAUUGCUAAGGUAUAUUAGGGCACAGGGCCCAGCACCACAAGUGUUCUCGUCAGUGUCAAGGUGUUUCAUGGAAAAUUGCACAGACAAGCCGUUUGCUUUUUGCCUUAGUAGUCCUGAGGUAAUUCUGGACAAAUGGCUCUCAGCUGAUUGGCUGACAAUGACACCAUCAGAAAAGACGGUUUUCCUCCAAGGUUUCCUUCCUUCCUCCUCUAGGAAGUUAAGAAGUUCCAGCAAGUUCUUCUGGUAUUGCUCAUGUUUUGGACAUCACUGUUUAUUG